AAGUCACUUUUGUAAAAAAAAAAAAAUAGGUAUCAAAAUUCGAAAUUCAAGGCAUUGACACUCAUUUAAGCCAUCCCAUGUCGGCGUCUGUGGAUCACUUGGUUUACCAAGUGCUGGCUCCCUUUGCCAUCAACACCCUCGAUCGCAUAGUGCCGGCUGUCCGCCAAUUGGUGCUCAUCCUGCAUGAAUCCUUUCUGGUGGAUCACCAGGAGCCGGAGCCGGUGAUCGAUGUGUCCGUCCUGAUUGAGCCCGUCCGUAAAAUCGUCCUAAUUGUCAAAGAUUCGACGCCGGAGGUUCAUCCGGAUGAGGAGACGGUGAUCGGUUCGGAUGAGAUCAGCAGACUGCUGGGUGAAAUUUCGCGGAGCAUUCGGGACCUGGUCCAAUCGAUUUAUGAUACCAUCUCGGCACUGACGACUAACUAG